AUGUUGGAAGAAAUCUUGCUCACUUAUGAGGUAAUUUUGCGUCGGGGGCUGCAAAGAGGAACCAGCGUCCUACCAUGUAGCUUGAAGCCAGAUAGGAUAAGAAAAAACAUAGACAUCUUCAGUUGGUCUCUGACAGACGAUGAGUGGAAUCUGUGGAAUCACAUUGAACCACAGGCUUCAGGGAAUGAAUGGAAAGGUAGGAUUCCAGCCAUUGGACUUGGGACAUGGCAGAGUGGUGGAGAUCUUUGUGUUCAAGCUGUGAAAACAGCAUUAUCAAUAGGUUACCGACACAUAGAUUGUGCACAUCUUUAUGGUAAUGAGGUUGAAAUUGGUGAGGCAUUAGCUGAAGCAUUUAAGGGUUCACUGAAGAGGGAAGAUGUUUUCUUGACUUCUAAGCUCUACUGCACAAUGAAUUCUCUCAAUAAAAUUAAGAAUUAUGUUAGAGUUUCUCUGAAGAACCUCGGCGUUUCGUAUUUGGAUCUGUAUUUGAUGCAUUGGCCUGACAGCUCUGCGUUUGGUGAUGCUACUGAUCCUCCUUCGAAAUCCGGGAGUGAGUAUAAGCAGUUCUUGAAACGGCUGAAGAAAGCAUGGACAGCUAUGGAAGGACUGGUUGAGUUGGGUCUGGUUAGAGCUAUUGGGGUCAGCAAUUUCAGUGUUGGGUCUGCAUUAUCAGUAGGUUACCGACACAUAGAUUGUGCACAUCUUUAUGGUAAUGAGGUUGAAGUUGGUGAGGCAUUAGCUAAAGCAUUUAAGGGUUCACUGAAGAGGGAAGAUGUUGAAAGAAACAGAAGAAGCAGAGAAAGGGCUAGUGGAGAUGAGUGUAUGCAUUCAGAACUAGAAGAUGUUGGAAAGGAGAUUGUCGAAAAGUGGACUUUCCAUUAG